AUGACAUCAAAUCAACAACUGCUACCGAAUGUCAUCGACGGCAUCGCCAAGACUAACCCAGAAACUCCUUGGAUUGCGUUUCCCAGAUCAAACACUACAUACGCGGAUGGAUUCCGAGAGACCACAUUUAAAGAAUUCGCCAACGCAGUGAAUGGCGCUGCCAACUGGAUUAAGAAUGCUCUCGGAACAAGUCAGGAAUUUGGCACCCUAACGUAUAUUGGCCCCAAUGACUUGCGCUAUCCGGUCAUGGUUGUUGCUGCAAUCAAAACAGGGUACAAGUUAUUACUGAUAUCCCCUCGAAAUAAUGUCGAUGCCAAUGUCAAUCUAUUCAAGCUUACAAACUGCACCACUGUAAUUUCCCCGGCGCCGCAUCCUGCGAUUUUGGGAGAAGUUGACUCCGUAUACCCGAUUACUGUGUUAGAGCCACCAUCAAUCGAAGAGCUGCUUGACAAACAACAUGCACACUUUCCUUACGAUAAAGCAUAUGACAAUGCCAAGGACCAGCCCUUUGUUGUCAUGCAUACGUCUGGCUCAACUGGUCUACCCAAGCCAAUCAUCGCGCCACACGCUCUUGUCACUGCCUUUGCGAACAUCAUCCACAACGUGCCACCAGAGGGAUAUGAAAAUCAGAUGUUGCGAAUGCACGGCAAGCGAAUCUUUUUACCAAUGCCGUUAUUCCACGCUAUAGGGGUAUUCUUUGGCUUGAUUAGUGUUUCGUUUGCUCGAACCAACCUGGUCAUCCCAUUGACCAACGCUCCACCCACCGCCAAGGGAGUUGCAGAGGUAUUGCGAUAUACACGGGUCAAUGCUACCAUAUUAGCCCCGUCAACAGUCGAAGAAAUCAGCAAAGACACUGAUUUACUUAACCAUAUCACCUCGCAACUGGAUACGCUUGCCUAUUCAGGCGGCGACCUGCCGAAGAGACUGGGAGAUGCUGUGGCUGAAAAGGUGUAUAUGUUUCCCAUAUAUGGCGCCACAGAAUUUGGUCAUGCCCGGCAGAUCGCUCCCACAGAUCGUGCAUGGUCGGACUGGAAAUAUAUUCAAUGGGACGAGCGGGGCGGCUCAGUAAUGGAACAUCAUUCGGACUCAAUGUACGAGUUUGUGUUGAAACGGACGCCUUCUGUAGAAUACGAGUCGGGCUGUUUUGCUAUUUUUAAGGACGCCGACAAGUAUAGGACCAAGGAUCUAUGGACUCCGCAUCCACAUAAGCCUGGUUUAUGGGCCUACUGUGAGCGGAAAGACAAUAUCCUGGUCUUAUUGAAUGGUGAGAAGGUCAACCCUCUUGGAUUCGAAGAAGCUGUGGCAACCGACCCGAUAGUCAAAUCCUGCAUUCUUAUUGGCGCUGAACAAGUCCACACGAUUCUCUUGGUGGAACUCAAUAACACCGAGUUAAUUCCGGCUGAAGGCAGUGAUGCGGUUAUUGAACGCCUUUGGCUCACGAUUAGCGCUGCAAAUGCUGCCGUUCCUUCAUUUGCCCGCGUUUCAAAGGCUUGCAUUCUCUUCGCGCAUCCAGAAAAACCAAUCCAGAUGACUCCAAAGGGAACUGUCAUUCGGAAAUCAACAAUAGACUCGUACGGGGACGAAAUCCGUCAAAUCUACAAACUGGCUAGUCAAGGAGCUACUGCUCAGCCCAUUUCUGAAAUGGCCACGGCCAUUGCAUUGCAUGACAAGAACUUCGUAGCUUUGUCCAUCGAGAAAGAAUUGUGUGCGAUUCUUCGUGUGGGGAAAAUAGAUAGACAAGAAAAUCUGUUCCACCAAGGCUUGGACUCCGUUUUGGCCAUAGAGCUGGUGCGAAACCUGCAACGUGUGUGCAACAUCAGUAUUAGCACGGUUUACAGUCAUCCUAUUAUCAAUGACCUUGCCUCCAUUCUAGUCGUCGGUGAAUUGGCACUUCAUAAACACGAGAAUUCUAUGCUCGACGCAAUUUCAGGAUACCGAAGGCAGCUGGAUGGAAUACAGAUACAGCCUCGCUCCCCUGGCUCCCCCCAGGGAACCAGCCAUGUGGUGCUGUUAACGGGAUCUACGGGGACAAUCGGCUCGUAUUUCCUCAAUGCACUUGUGAAAGAGAAGACAGUGGCACACAUAUACUGUCUCAAUCGUUCAAUGGAUGCUCGAGACCGGCAAGUGAAAAAUAAUUUUGAUCGCCACUUAACAGCCGAGUUUCCGGCCGCUCGAGUUACGUUUCACACUGGAGAUGUCACCACUAGCAAUGGGAAAUUUGGAUUGGAUUAUACCGUGUUUGCCCAAUUGCAGGCUCAAGUUACAAAGGUUGUUCACUGUGCAUGGCCGGUUGACUUCAAUUUUCACCUCGGGUCAUUUGAGGCUCAUUUGGACGGCAUUGUGCAUCUGUCCUCCUUCGCUGCCAGUGCCAGACACUCGCCAACCAUCUUAUUCCUCUCGUCUAGCAGUGCUGUCCAAGGUUAUCCAGACACGUUUAUACCGGAAAAGAUAAUCGGUGACCCGGCCGUCACUAGCCUGAACGGCUAUGGACAAUCUAAAUGGGUGGCCGAGAUAUUGCUCGACGACGCCUCCAAGAAGCUCGAACUAGAUAUAUCCAUUGCCCGACUGGGUCAAGUCGCAGGGCCAAUCCAGGGUCCGGGAGUUUGGAAUAUCAAUGAGUGGCUUCCGAGUCUAGUAAUCAGCUCACAGCACCUAGGCGUGAUUCCGGCCCAAUUUCCUGCGUUGAGAAACACGGACCUUGGGCGAGGUGAAGUUGAUUGGGUGCCAGUGGACAUUCUCGCCAACGUGAUUCUAGAGUUACUCUUUACAGGUAACAAGAAUUCUCCAAAGGAGCCAAACAGUGGCGCUCGUGUUUACCAUGUAUCCAAUCCAUCGGCGAAUCAAUGGUCGACGCUUGUUCCCGAGGUAGUCGAGCUUCUGUGUUCAUUCUCAUCAAACUCUGGCCCCCAUACUGGAGGUUCAACUCUUGUCGAUGACAGCUCUAUAAAAGUAGUACCUUAUCAUGAAUGGUUGCAAAAACUACAGUCGUCUGAGUCCAGCAUUCUCAACCAAGUGGAUUCACUUGCUGUAACACAAGUCCCAGCCGUCAAGCUCAUCGGGUUUUACAAGUGGUUAGGGAAAGAGAAUACAGCUUCUGAUCGCGCAUGUUCUAUUUUGGAUACGAUGCAGACAGUCGAGGAAAGUCCAACACUAGCAAAGCUAGGGGCCAUUCAACCUUCUUGUAUGGCAAAAUGGACAAAAUCAUGGAUGCAGCAGAUAUAUGCCAGGGGCUACAGAGAAUUUGAAAGCAAGUGA